AAACACUCAAAACCUGGCAACUCUGCUUCGUACAUGUGCCGGCACACAACAGAUUUUACAUCGAGCCAGUUUUUGAUCGAAACGUCCAGAAAAUAGACGAAUUGUAUUUACUAAAGAGCUAAACACACUCCAGAAUGUCUGCCGAAGAAGGACUUUUCGACAAUAUCCUGCUGGCCGUGGCAGAAAAGCAUCGCGGUGGAGUGCCCGAGUUCCUUGGCACUCUGGCCAGUUUUCUGCGCCGCAAGACCGACUUCUUCACAGGAGCGAAGCAGGCAGAGUGGGAGAAGAUGCUGCUAGAUGUUUUCAACAAGGAGUCCAAAUUGGCGGUGGCCGCCCACGCCGAAAAGCAGAAGAGCCGUGAUGCUGCCCAAAAGAAAAAGGAGGAAAAGGAGCGGGCCGAGCGGGAGGCCCGCCAGAAGGAGAUUGACGAUAACAAAAUUUGUGAUAUCACUGACGAGGAGGCAGCAGCCAUAAUCAAAGAGGAGGAGGACAAAAAACGACAGCAGCUGCUGGAUGGUGCUGGUGGAGAGCCAGCUCCCCCUAAUCUCAACGAACUGUCCAAGCCAAUCGAAAGUGUGGACGACGAGUCCGAGAAGGCAGAGGUUGGAAAGCUCAAACCAAAUGCAGGAAACGGAGCCACCCUGGACAAGUACACCUGGACCCAAACGUUGCAGGAGGUGGAGCUCAAGAUUCCCUUCAACGUGACAUUCGCUCUGCGCGCCAGAGAUCUGGUGGUCAGCAUCGGUAAGAAGACCCUGAAGGUGGGCCUCAAAGGUCAAGAGCCCAUCAUCGACGGCGAGCUGUGCGGCGAGGUGAAGCAGGAGGAGUCCGUUUGGGUCUUGCAAGACAGCAAGACCGUGAUGAUCACCCUCGAUAAGAUCAACAAGAUGAACUGGUGGAGUCGCCUGGUGACCACCGAUCCAGAGAUAUCCACACGGAAGAUCAAUCCAGAGCCCUCCAAGCUAUCGGACUUGGAUGGCGAGACUCGCAGCAUGGUGGAGAAGAUGAUGUUCGAUCAGAGGCAGAAGGAGAUGGGUCUGCCUACCAGUGAGGAUCGCAAAAAGCAAGACAUUCUCGAGAAAUUCAAACAGCAGCAUCCCGAGAUGGACUUCUCUAAAUGUAAAUUUAAUUAGUUCCAUAUUCUCAGUUUAAAGUUCAUAACUUUCUUAAUCUUAUACACUCUUGUUCGCCCUUCUUCACAUUCGAAAUGUAUGCCGUUCUUCAUCUUUUCCCACAAACCACAAUAAACCAAUGCAAGCUAAAUAAAUAUACUUUGUAUAACGAAAAAAAA